GGGCGGUGGUGUUCUCGGGCUGUUCUCUAACCUGGCAGUCCGGCCAAGUGCCUAACACGGAGAGAGAAGAGGAUUUCUACCUGCAAGGAGAGUUCGAGGGGAGCUGAGUUCAAACUCAGCCAUCCACCGCCCCUUGGACACCCGAUUUCCAACAAGGAGACGCUCAGGGAAGGAGGGCCGGGAAGACCCAGUGGCUGGAGCGAUGGACUAUCAGGAGGAUGUGACCUAUGCAGAUCUCAAGUUUCCCCCCAAACUGGAGCCCAGAAAUGGGAAGAAGCCAGCAGGUCCUGAGUUUCCACCCAGAAACCGUUCAGAGUCACACAGCAAUUUGGGCCUGGAAAGGAGAGGAAACGAUCUGAUUGACGCCCUACCAGCCCCAGCCCCUUCUCCCCUAAAGAACCCAGCUCUGCGCACCUGGAUUGUUCCUGGCAUCAUCUUGAGUUCCUUGGUGGUCGUGGUGAUUUCUCUGAUCAUUGUGUGUUCCCGGCUGAACACCAGUCACACCUGCCUCUCAGAGAAGUUCACCCGCCUGUUGAGCAACUACACCCACCUAUCAAACAGCUACUCCCACUUGUCGGACAACUACACCCACCUGUCGGACCACUGCACUCACCUGCUGGACAAUUACACCCACCUGUCGGGCAGAUACACCCAUCUCUCAAACAGCCACAAAGACCUGUCAGAAGAGCUCUCCAACUUGAGGGACAAUCACACCCACCUCAUCGGGAACUACACCGAUCUUUGGGACAGAAACCAGUGGAUGGAGAACAGGCUCUCCAAACUUGUGACAUGGGGCCAGGGCCUGGAUCACUGUAAACUCCAGAAGUCUGAGCCCCCUUACCUCAGCUGCCUGUAUUGUCCAGCUAAGUGGCUCCUCUUCAGACAAAACUGCUAUUUCUUCUCUGAAAACUCUGAGAAGUGGGCUCGUAGCAGAGAGCAGUGCCAAGAUCUCCAGUCAACGCUGGUUACCAUCAUUGACCACUUGGAGCAGGUCUUUCUGAGUGUCCAGGCAGCAGGGAAAACCUACUGGAUCGGCCUGACAGAUGAGGAGCAUGAAGGUGAAUGGAAGUGGGUAAAUUCCCAUAUCUUCCAGAAUAAAUACUGGGCCCCAUUACAACCCGAUAACUACCGCUCGAAUGAGAACUGUGUGUCCCUGGGAGAGAAGGAAGGGUUUGACAACUGGAAUGAUGCUGACUGCAUGAAGAGAUACCCUUACAUCUGUAAGAAAGCGGCUGAGCGAAUGCAGCUUUGAUGGUCCCAACCUCAGAGCCACCAGUGGAUGGAAAGGGCCACUGGCUGGUGGGGGACCAGAUUCCCUCUGCAAAACAGCAGGGACAUGGGUCUGGGCCUGCUGCCAGCAUUAGACGGGAGGAGGGUGUUCCACGCUUGCCACUUACUUUGUGUGUGGGGGGUUCUCCUCCUGUGGGUCAUUGCACACACCAUCCCCCCUUCCCUGGAAUGCCUUCUCCUUCCCUCCAUUUUCCCUUCAAAAAUACUACUAAAAACCACCUCUUCCAUUCAGGCUUCCCAGAAAAGCACCAGUCACUUUGGGAAGCCUUUGGUACAUAUGAGAAUCUCUUCCCUUUCUCGUGUGUGUGUGUGUGUGUGUGUGUGUGUGUGUGUGUGUGUGUGUGUGUGUGUGUGUGUGUGAUUCCCCUGUUUGUCCUGUGCACCUCUUUGGAUUGUCAGUCCCUCAAGGGUAGGUACCAUGUUUACUGUUCCUUCUGCCCCUCCCCUCAGGGUGGGUGAGACAGAGAGAGAGUGUGUGUCUGUCUGUCUGUCUGUCUAUCUCCCCAGCCUCCCGCAUAAGACAGCUUCACCAGGACUGGGUGUAUGCUUUCUCCUCCCUCUGUCCCUUCCCCAGGGCUCUGCCCACAGUGGGCAUUCAAGUUGGACAGGGUGCAACUCGGAGACUCUGUGUCGUUCUCCUCAGAACGGCAGCUGCCGCUGCUACCACUGGGUGUAUGUUUGUUCCACAGGAGAAGAGCAGUCAUCCUCUCUGUCACAGGAAGCACCUGCCCCCAACCAGGGAGAGAGAGAGGCGGCCCUGGGGAGGCCCCAUCACCCCUAAGGGAAGGGUGGGGGGAAGAGGAGGAGGCUCUGGCUCCCCCCACCAUCCUCGCACAUGAUCUGAUCAUCCACAGACUCAGUUGCUUCCCCCUCAGCCCGCACUCUCCAUUUCAACUUCCUCCCAUCUAGGCAUCCCUCCCUGUCUCCAAGUCUCUGCCCCCGCUGCCCUGCUGCAUGGAACAACUUUCCUCUUCCUGCCACCACCACAAACACUCACCUCCUUUCAACCACAGCACAAGGUUGUCCCCUCCAGGAAACCCUCCCUGAUUUAACCCUCCCCUCAUCAUUAUCUACAUAACUGUCAUGAUUGUUCCCCUCUGCCCAGAUGGAUGGUGUGUGCCUGUCACCUUUCUCCUAUUUCACACAUAGACCCUGUAGUCUCCGGUGGGCUUAAUAAAGACGUGCCGACUCAAUGACGGAAAUUAUUUUUAUCUAAUUGGGCCCAGACCUAGCGGUGCAGGGAAGGAAUUGGAGUGGAGAGGGGCAUCAAGGAUCCAGGGUUCAUUCUGGAGGGAGGAGGAGAGUAUUCUGGGAGGGUGCUCUUGGGGAGGUUGUGUCCCGAGCUGGGGUCAGGGUUCAGGUAUGUUUCAAUUAAUGUGGCCUAGUGGAAAGAACACAGGACUGGCUCCUGGAUAAUCCUGAUUCUACCAUUUACUUGCUGUGUGAUCUUGGGCAAAUCACUUAA